ACAGAUGACAGGAGGACAACGUUGUUUUCUUUAUUGGUAAGAGAGUAAAGCUAAAUCGCUAAUGGACUGGUUGGUCUUGAGAGAGAACCACCAAAUUAGCCUAGGUACCCAAAAACCAUUGAAAACAAAUAAGGCUUCUUCAAUGAGGAAGGAAGGUUGUGAGAUUGAAGCUAGAGGGAUCACCUACAAGAUUUCCAUCCAGAAAAGAUAUUACCCUUUUAAAAUCUUCAAAACAGAUCAACAAAUCAAACCAAAUCUUGAAGAAAAGCAAGUUCUCAAAGGCGUAUAUUGCAAAGCCAAGCCAUGGGAAAUCCUCGCCAUUGUUGGUCCAAGUGGAGCUGGAAAAUCGUCCUUCCUUGAAGUCCUCGCUGGAAAACUUAGCCCCCAAAAUGGUUCCAUUUUUGUCAACCAAAAUCCUGUUGACAGAGCUCAGUUCAGGAAGAUAUCAGGCUAUGUUACUCAGAGGGACACUCUCUUUCCUCUCCUCACAGUGGAAGAAACCCUCAUGUUUAGUGUCAAGCUGCGUCUGGGGCUUCCUCAAGCUCAACUGAGAUCUAGGGUCAAGUCCUUGAUUCAAGAAUUAGGCCUGGAGCAUGUAGCCAUGACUCGUGUGGGUGAUGAAAGGGUUCGAGGCAUUUCCGGCGGAGAAAGGCGUCGAGUUUCGAUAGGAGUUGAUGUCAUACAUGACCCUGAAGUUCUGAUUCUUGAUGAGCCAACUUCUGGUCUUGAUAGUACAUCUGCUUUACAGAUUAUUGACAUGCUUAAGGUCAUGGCUGAAACUAGAGGUAGAACCAUAAUAUUAAGCAUUCACCAGCCUGGAUUUCGCAUUGUGAAGCUGUUUAAUUCAAUACUUCUGAUGGCUAAUGGGUCGGUUUUGCAUCAUGGGACGGUGGAUCAGCUUGGAAUUCAUUUGAGGACAAUAGGUAUGCAACUUCCUCUUCAUGUUAAUGUUGUUGAAUUCGCCAUUGAAUCCAUUGAAGCCAUUCAACAACAGCAGCUGCCAGAAAGUAGUCCAGUAUCGACAACCCAACAACAGAUCAAGAAAGCAGAGGACGGUGAGAGUAGAAGUGGCAAGCUCACUCUUCAACAGCUCUUUCAGCAAUCCAAAGUUGUAGACGAGGAAACUGUCAAAGUUGGUAUCGAUUUUGCUCACAGUUUCGCAAAUUCAAGGUUUCAGGAGACUGUAAUCCUCACUCACAGGUUUUCCAAGAACAUUUUUCGAACCAAGGAGCUCUUUGCAUGCAGAACAAUUCAAAUGUUGAUUUCUGGGUUUGUUUUGGGUUCCAUCUUUUCAAAUGUUAAAGCCGAUUUGAAAGGAGCAGAAGAAAGGGUGGGCCUAUUUGCUUUUAUAUUGACAUUCUUGCUCUCUUGCACAACAGAAGCCCUGCCAAUCUUCUUGCAAGAAAGGGAAAUUCUAAUGAAGGAGACGUCUUGCGGGAGUUACAGAGUCUCAUCCUAUGCAGUGGCUAAUGGGUUAGUAUACUUGCCAUUUCUACUGAUUCAGGCGAUAUUAUUCUCAAUCCCAUUAUACUGGUUAGUGGGUCUUAAUCCAAAUUUCACAGCAUUCAUCCACUUCCUGCUCUUAAUCUGGUUAAUCCUUUACACUGCAAAUUCAGUUGUGGUAUGCAUCAGCGCUCUAGUCCCUAACUUCAUAGUUGGAAAUUCAGUAAUAUCAGGGGUGAUGGGAUCCUUCUUUUUGUUCUCUGGGUACUUCAUAUCUAAACAUGGGAUUCCAAACUACUGGAUGUUCAUGCAUUACAUAUCACUUUUCAAGUAUCCAUUUGAAGGGUUCUUAAUAAAUGAGUUCUCAAGAUCAGGGAAAUGCUUGGAGUACAUAUUUGGGACAUGCAUGGUUAGAGGAGAAGAUAUCCUGAGAGAAGAAGGGUAUGGAGAGGAAAGUAGAUGGAGAAAUGUGGUGAUAAUGGUGUGCUUCAUCUUGGUAUACAGGUUUAUUUCAUAUGUUAUUCUUAGAUGCAGAGGCUGCUCUCUCACAAGUGUCAAGGGUGCUCUGAUUUGAUGAAUUAACUUGCUGGCCUCACGGGACCUCAUAAGAUGGUUCACAUGUUUUUGGAAUUUUACUUAAGAUAGCAGCCAAACAGGUAAUAAUAAAGAAACAAAUGUAAUAUCUCCCAAUAUAUUCAUAUAUUGAAUCAUCAUGAUCCUUCCCUCUCA